AUGCGUGUUAUCGCCUACUGCGCCCUGCUCUGCCUCGCUGCGGCCACUGCGACUGCGGACAACCCCGUGGUCGACGGGCUGGUCAACAGCGUCACUACGUCAGCUACGGAGGCCGCGACCGACGCGGUAGACGAUGCGACCAAUGCGGCCACACGUGCGGCUACGGAUGCUACCCAUAGUGCUGUCAACUCGGCUACACACGCUGCCAAUGAGACGGUUGGUGGCGCUAUUGGCGGCGUGUCUAAUUUCACCAAAUCGGCUGUGGACCACGAGGACGAUGACGCGGGCAGUUUGCCGAAGAGACCGGACGAUACCGCGGACGACCACGACGACGGGUCUGCUUCGCACUCUGGCGCUUCCACGGCGUCGUCGUGUUUUGUCACGGCGGUCGUUGCAGUCUCUGGACUUGCGCUGACUUUUGCCUAA